GAUUAUCAGAUUUGAAAUGUGUAAGGAGAAAUAUAUCUCCGUGUCCAUGGGAGAACAUUUCAAUCAGUGAGGCUGGAAAAGCAUUGAGACACACGUACAGAAACGCAGUCUCAAGGGAGAGCGUUCCAGCAUCUUUGCUGUGCAAAGAACCUGAAAGCCUGAAAAAUAUCGUCUUUCCAGUGGGGAAAGGAAUCGUUUGUGUGUUCUGCGCGUGGACGGGGAGAGACAAAGACACCAGCACCAUGGAGAAACCGUGGAAAUGUGAGGACUGUGGGAAAAGAUUCACUUGUUCAUCCCGGCUGGAUAUACACCGACGCAUUCACACCGGGGAGAGGCCAUUCACUUGCUCCGAGUGUGGGAGGAGGUUCACUCAGUCAUCGGGCCUUUCUCUGCACCAGCGGGUCCACACUGAGGAGAAGCCAUUCAGCUGCACAACCUGCGGGCAGGGGUUCAAGUCAGCCUCCCUGCUGGCCGAGCACCAGCGGAUUCACACAGGGCAGAAGCCAUUCGCCUGCUUUGUGUGUGGGGAGAGAUUCGAUCAGAUAGACGCCCUCCAGACCCACCACUACUUUCACACCAAGGAGGAUCCGUUCAUCUGCGCAUCCUGCGGGAAGACCUUCAGGCGGACAGCAGACCUCAAAGAGCACCGACGCACUCACAGGGGGGAGCAGCCGUUCACCUGCUCUGUGUGCGGCAAAGGGUUCCCCUGGUCGUCCCAGCUGCUGACACACCAGCUGGUCCACAGCGUGGAUCGGCUGUUCAGCUGCUCUGUCUGUGGGAUGGAGUUCACUCAAUCGCAGCACCUCCUGAGACACCAGCGAAUCCAUAGGUAACCACACUCCGCUGCAUUUUAUAAUGUUAAUCGCAUCCGGGAUGGACAGCCUAACAAUAUUGGGCUUGCGUCUGAUGUUAACAACCGUAUAAACUGGCUGGAGUUUACUGUUUUUAUGUGAUAGAAAGUACUGGAGGAAGCGUUUUCAAUUCUGAUGUGACUAUAUUCUUCAGAACUUGAGGAUAAACCAUCUCAAAAUGGGAAGGAACAACUGCGAGGACAUCUUACUCAUUGUGACGGGGUCACGUUUAAAAUACUCUAUCUACUUGUAGAUUGAUGUGGUUCUGUGCCAGCAGAUCAUCAGAGGAAAGUGAUCAUCUUCAGUGGAAGUGAACCUUCGAAGCUGCCUUACACCUGUGAAGGCUCAAUAAUUUUUGCAUCUCUGGAGGUUUCUGCUUUUCAGGUUGAAAACCUGGCUACAACCUACCAACUGAUUGGUCCAACAACAUCAAGGCUACAGCUUGCCAAUGAAGACUAACUAUUUUACUCUCAACAAUUGCUUGUAAAAGGACACAUUUUGUUGAAGCUUUUAUCUUUGUCUUGCGCUCAUCAGAGCAACGAGCUUUUUUUUUCAAAUCCUCAAGUUCUGAACAACCAUAUUUUUAGUCUUCAGCUUUGUUAUAGUCAUUUGCAAAGCUGCCUGAAGAAAGAACAGAAAGGAAGUGACACUUUUGGACAACGCUGGAUAUUUUAAAACAAACAUGCACGAUCGGUAAAAUGAAGAAUGGUUUUUGAAAAAUAGUCAAUGCAUCCGUGCACUUUUUUGAGAACGCUUGGUGUGGUCUUUGGAAAUCAAGCAGAAAGGUUUUAAGCCUUUUUCACUGAUCGGGUGGUGGUAAUUUUAAAGUGAGGAAUGUUUCCUUUUACAGAGUUGUAGAGAGGGAUUGGAAGAUCAUGUUCACAGCUGCCGCAUGUUCUGUGAUGAAUUCCAACUGUCUCAGGGCAGCGGUCCCUCAGUGGAGGGUCAGCCUGGAGGAGGAGCUCAUGUUUAUUCAUGUUUUCUGCUACCAUGGAGCUGGCCCGUUCGGAACCAAUGGGCUCUAUGAUGUCCCACUCAGCUGGUGCUAUGACCUGGAUUAAGCAAUGACAGCAAGGCCUUCAUGGUGAAAGUGGGCUUUGUUUGCGAAGCACUGAGGCUGCUUACUUUUUAAAUCUCCAAAAUGCCAUUCACGGAAAUGAAAGUGAAGGCAGCACACAGACAUCGAAAUUCUGCUGUAAAUUGUAAAGACAAGCGACGAUGCAAAUUUUGUCAGUUUAAUUUCAGCGGAGCGUUGGAUCACUGGGUCGAAACAGCAUCGUAAUCUUUCUCUUUGCAAACUCUCUCCACCAAAAUUGUGCAGUUUUAGUAUCUUCUGUAAUUAUGGCAGAAAAUGUAGAGGCUAAUGUCGUCCUGUAUUUUGCACGAUCUCCUUGUUGGGAUUGAUCACUGAGUGGUAAUGGCAGUCGUUAUAAAUGUGUCUUUGUUCGCCUUGUCGCAGACGUUCAUUGUGUAGAUUUUUUUUUGAAAAACGUCCAGAGAAAGGAAGUGAACUGGAUGGUCAGUCUCUCACACGAGCCCCGGACUGCUUUCUCGUAAUUUCUCUAGCAACCUGAGCCUACAGGUACCAAAAUUUUAACCAACCAGACAAAUACCGAGGUUUAGUGUUGGCCACCCAAUUGGACAGAAGUGUGAGUGUGUGUGUGUGUGUGUGCGUCUCUCUCUACGGUGGUGCGUGUUGUAUCGGAAGGGUGUGUUGGUGUGCCUGUGCGUAUUUCUGUACUCUGGGAAUCCCAUUAAGUGUGUUGAAUGGUACCACGGUUGAAGGAUGCGAGGGGAUCUGAUUGAGACAUAUAAGAUUAAGGGAUUGGACACUCUGGAGGCAGGAAGCAUGUUUCCGCUGAUGGGUGAGUCCAGAACCAGAGGACACAGUGUAAAAAUAAGGGGUAGGCCAUUUAGACCAGAGUUGAGGAAAACUUUCUUCACCCAGAGAUUGGUGGAUGUAUGGAAUGCUCUGCCCCAGAAGGCAGUGGAGGCCAACUCUCUGGAUGCUUUCAAGAAAGAGAUGGAUAGACCUCUUAAAAAUAGUGGAAUCCAGAGUUAUGGGAAUAAGGCAGGAACAGGAUACUGAUUGUGGAUGAUCAGCCAUGACCAUAAUGGUGGUGCCGGCUCGAAGGGCCGAAUGGCGGCCUCCUGCACCUAUUGUUGACGGGUUGGUGCUCCUACAGCAGGGUUACUGUGUGCUGUGUAAUACCUGACAUUUCCCAUCUGCCCAGUCAUUCCAUUCAGUUGGCACUUGACUUGUCUGUCUGUUUCACCACAUUCCCACAUCUCAGUGACAUGAUUUCUCAUGUCACUGAAAACCUGAUUCUGUUCAUUUGAACACGUGGCCAAGAAGAUAAAUGAAGGCAGAGCAGUUACCUGCAUGGACUUUUCACAAGGUUCCACAGGGUAGACUGGUUAGUGAGCUUUGGAUAACGUGGGGUCCAGGGAGAGCCGGGCAAUUAGAUACAAAAUUGGCAGGACAGUAGGAGACAGAGGAUUAUUCUCAUUCGGAGUGGCAUUUUGGUUGAGGCUGACGUUACAGCUGUACUUAAGAAGGAUAUUCCUGGGAGUACGUCCAAGGAGGUUAUUUGGGUGGAAUUUAGAAAUACGAAAGGGUUGAUCACCUUCAUUGGGGUUGUCUUAUAGGCCCACCGUUAGUUGGCGGGAAAUUAAGAAGCAAAUUUGAAAGGCGAUCUCACUUAUCUGUAAGGAUAAUAGGGUAAUAAUGGUAUGGGAUUUUAACUUUCCAAACAUAGACUGCCAUAGUGUUAAGGGCUUGGAUGGAGAGGAAUUUGUGUGUACAAGAAAAUGCUCUUAUUCAGUGUGUGGAUGUACCUAACGGAAGGAGCAAAACCUGACCUCUUGGGACAUAAGGCAGGGAAAGUGACUGAGGUGUCAGUGAGGGUACACUUGUAGCCAGUGAUAAUCAUUCUACGAGUUUUCAAAUAGUUAUGGAACACGAUAGACCUAAUGUAAGGUUAAUAUUCUAAAUUGGAGUGAGGCCAGUUUUGACUGUAUUAGGCAAGGAUUUUCAACAGUUGAUUUGGGGUGGAUAAAGGGAUGGCUGGAAAGCGGGAGGCCUUCAAAAACGAGAACCAGAGUGUAGAGACAAUAUUUUCCUGUUCGUGUGAAGGGCAAGGCUGGUAGGUGUAGGGAAUACUGGAUGACUAGAAAAAUUUGAGGCUAUAGUCAACAAAAAGGAGGUAGUUAUAGACAGCUGGGAUCAAGUGAAUCUCUCCAAGCCAGUAGGAUUAUACUGAAGAGGGAAAUUUGAGAGGCCAAAACAAGGGACGUGAGAGGGCUUUGGCAAAUUGGGUUGAGAGGAGAAUCCAAGGGACUGUACAAAUACAUUAAGGACAAAAGAGUAACUAGGGAGAGAUUAGGGCCCCUUAAAAAUCAACAAGGCUGCCUAUGUGUGGAACCGCAGGAGAUGGGCGAGAUACUGAAUGAGUAUUUUGCACCAGUGUUUACUGUGGGGAAGGAUAUGGAAGUUAGAGAACGUGAAGAAAGGUAAAUGGUGAUAUCUUAGUUUCCACGCUGCAGAGGAGUAGGUGCUGGACAUCUGAAAACGCAAAUGGGGGGGAAAAAUCCCCGGGAUCUGAUCAGGUGUGUCCUCGAACUCUGUGGGAAGUGAGGGGAAUGAUUGGGCCUCCUGCUGAGAUAUUUAUUUCAUUGAUAGCCAUGAGUGAAGUGCUGGAAGGUUGGAGGGUGGCUAAUGUGGUACCAUUAUUUAAGAAAGGUGGUAAGGAGAAGCCAGGGGACCUCCAGGCUUGUGAUCCUUUCAUCAGUGGUGGGUAUGUUGUUGGAGGAGAUUCUGCAGCACAGGAUCUACAUGUAUUCGGAAAGGCAAGGACUGAUACGGGAUAGUCAACAUAGUUUUGUGUGUGGGAAAUUGUGUCUAACUAAUUUUUGUCUUUUGAAGAAGUGAUGAAGAAAGUUGAAGGCAGAGUGGUGGAUGUUGUCUAUAGGGACUUCAGCAAAGCGUUCAAUGAGGUUCUGUCUGGUAGACUGGUUUGUAAGGUCUGAUCAUAUGGAGUCCAGGGACAGCUAGCCAUUUGGAAUAAAAAUUGGCUUGAAGACAGGAGACACGGAGAUGGCGGAGUGUUGUUUCUCAGACUGGAGGCCUUUGACCACUGGUGUGCCACAAGGAUCGGUAUUGGGUCCAUUGCUUUUUGUCUUUAAUAUAAAUGACUUGAAUGUGAAUCUAGGAAGAGUGGUUAGUAAGUUUGCUGAUGACACCAAAAUUAGUGUAGUGGACAGUGAAUGAGGUUAUCUCAGAAUACACUGGGAUCUUCAUCAUCAGAUGGGCUGAGGAGUGGUAGAUGGAGUUUAAUUUGGAUAAACGUGAGGUGUUGUGUUCUGGAAAAGAAGUCAGGGCAGGACUUACACUCAUAAUCGUAGUGUCCUGGGGAUGUUGCUGAACAAAGAGACCUUGGGGUGCAGGUUCCCAGUUCCUUUUUGAAGGUGGAGUCACAGGUAGACAGGGUAUUGAAGAAGGCUUUGGUACAUUUGCCUGUAUUGGUUAGUGCAUUAAGUAGGAGUUGGGAGCUCAUGCUGCAGUUGUACAGGACAUUGAGGCCUCAUUUCAGAAUACUGCGUUCAGUCCUGGCCUUCCUGCUACAGGAAAGAUGUUGCACUUGAAAGGGCACAGAAAAGAUUUACAAGGAUAUUGCUGAGGUCAGUAUUGUGUUUAAUAUUCUGAACAUGCCAGAGUAUUUCCACUUAACACUGAAGGCCACACAUGCAUGAUGGAGAACUCAGAUGCCCAAAGGGGAACUAGCAGAUAUUUCUUCAAACAGAUAGGAGGUAGAAUGUGAAAGUCACAACCGGGGGAUGUGAUUGUAGUUGUCUCCAAGUUACCUCAGCAGGUAACUAACUGAACGUGAGAGAGAAUGGGAUGAAAAGGUAAGAUGAAAGAGAAUAGGAGGAGAAUCUUUAUUCACGUGACUGACCCACGUGAAGCUGGCAAUGUGGUGGAGGACGUGAACGUGGCCAUUGUCGGCCCAGCAAGCAAGAGGCAAGAGGACAGCAAAUUUGCAGAAUUGUGGCAUGGUGUUUAGCACUGCUGCCUCAGUGUCAGGGACCUGUGCUCGAUUGUAGCCCUAGGCAACUGUCUGUGUGAAGUUUGCACAGUCAUCCCCCCACCCCACUGUCUGUGUGGCUUUCCUUCCGCAGUCCAAAGAUGUGUAGGUUAGAAUGAAUUGGCCACGCUAAGUUGCCCCAUAGUGUCCGGGGAUGUGCAGACUGUGUGGGUUACAAGGAUAGCAUCGAGUGGGGUCCUGUUCAGUGAGUCAGUGUGAACUUGAUGGACUGAAUGGCUUGCGUCCAUGAUUCUAUGAAUUUCAAUCUGAGAUUGACUGACGGGGAUAGGGUUUGUAAGAACUUUCAACAGCAAGCUUAAAAACAUGCGAAACUACAUUUGUUCUUAAGACUAUUUAACAUGUUCAGAAUUUUAUGUGGACAGUAAAAUGUUUCCAUUUGUUGGCAUAUUCAGUACUAGGGCAUAAGGACACAAUGCAGUUAAAAAUAUUCAAAGAAAACUGACCACAUUGUUUGUUUAACACACGACUGAUUUAUCUGAUAUCAUUUAAGAAUGUCAAACCCUGUAGCUGGGCUGCAGUUGAUCAACUUGAGCAGAAGCAGAUAUCAAUGGACUCAGUUCAGUCAUGGGUGUGAUUAACAUCAGAAACGACAGAGGUGGGGGUGAUUUUUGUGGUAAUGUGCCAUCAGAACCCAGGCUGUGGUGGGUGGAGAAAUUUGAAUUAACUAAAUUUCUGGAACUUAAGCUAACUUUUUUAAAACCAAACAGUGCUCCCGAAAGUACUGUCAUUUGUAAUUCUUGCAAAUGUUGUGUUAAUCACCGGCAAAAAUUAUGUACCUCCAAUACCGUGAAGUUCAUUGUAUUAUUCUGUCCAGUUGCUAUGGCUUUCUUUUAUUUACCUUGAUUAUAAAUAUACUUGUUCAAUUGAAUGGCCACAUGAACUGUCAACAGUUGAUUCAAAUUCAAGUCACUUUCUCAUUAACACAACGUCCAAUUCAUCUGUUGAGGGUGCAAAUGAUGAGGCUCUCUGCUGGUAAGUUUUAUUUAAGGCAAAGUUGCAUUAUCAUUUAAAUAAAGUAUAACAGU